AUGAAUUUUUCGCGAGAUGAUGAAUCUAAGCUAUGUGAGCUGAUAUCAAAUUAUCCAGCAUUGUACGACCAUGGCUUAACAGAUUUUAAAGACGCUACGCUGAAGGACAACAUAUGGAAGGAGAUUGCGAGUUCAUUUAUUGGAAAAACUGACGAAGAUUGUAAAAAGAGGUGGCGAUCUAUAAGGGACCAUUACAAGCGGCUCAAAAGAGAAGGGAAAUUAGGAACCGGGUCUGCGGCUCGCAGAACAAAGAUUUGGCCCCUGCUUACAAAUUUAUCAUUUCUUACUCAUGUUUCCGAAGAAAGAAGAUCUUUAUCUAAUAUUCCUAAUAUUGAACAAGAAGACGAAGACGUAAAUAUUACUGAUAAUGAUGAUGAUAAUUUAACUGAGAAUCAAAAUAUUAUGGAAUCCAGCACGUCUCUCAACGAUUCUCAUCAAACAGUACACUCGCCUCCUACAACUUCUAAAACAAAAAAAACAAAAUUUGAUAGAGUUUCUGAUUUACUAAUUGAGAAUAAAGAUGCAAGAAUAAAACUUAUUGAGACGUUAAACAACAAGAAGAUGUAUUGCGAGGAAGAUGAUAUAGACACUUUUUAUAAAAGCAUAGCAAUGUCAGUUAAACGCCUGCCGCCAUCAUUAAGAGCUGAAGCGAAGAUGCAACACCUUCAAAUACUUAGUAACCUGGAAAUGAAAAAUAUUCAAAAUGAACAUCAACAGUUAGCUUAUUCUCAACCUCCAAGACAGAUAGAUAACGCAACCAUUCAAACUUUUAAUCCUACUUCUUUCGAAAGUUAUCCACCUGCAGCACACCAACAACAAGGAUAUUAUCAAUUAUAA